AGAGCUGUGGUAAGGGCCACAUGAGGUGCUGAGGACAGAGCUGGCACUUAGCAAGGCUCAGUAAUCAGCACUCUUAUCAGGAAGAGGCCAAGGAUUGCUGAGAAUGCCACAGGCUUUGCCAAAGGAUGACAGAAAACAGAAAUCCAAGAUUCUGUCUAUAAAUAAAAGGUUUCUGCUAAGUGACUAUCAGAAUAUUUCACUCUAAUGAGUCCCGCAGCUACCCCAAGCUUCGCCAAGCUUCCUCGAAGCCUUUCUCUUUUCUUCCUGCCUUUUUGCCCCUCCAGCACCCUUCUCCCAGCCUCCACACCCAGCCUCCAAUCUCCUUCCCUCCAGGCUUUCACUUUCCCCAGUGAUUACUGCAGCGUUGGUCACCUGUGCAGCCAGCGCCCCCCAGUGGCCCUCCUGUUCAUUUCGGGGAAUAUGGCUGACAAAAGACUGAUGAAAGGUGGGGUUUCCAAGGAGGGGAGGACUCAAGAGGCUCAAGCCUUUGCCUAGUCCAGACCCUAAGGGAGACUUUCUGGAGCUCCCUCUAAGCCCCUUCACCUCGAAGAGUGAAGCAGAAUCUUGAAGUCCUAAGUGGGAAGCAGCAACUUGUCAAAGAUCUAAGGCAAGUUACAACCUCUCUGGGCCUGGUUCCCUUUUUAUGAAGAGCCCUACCCCAGCUACCUCAGAGGCCCUGAGGAGACAACCAAAUGAUAGGCAAAAACCUGGGAGAAUAUCUAGCAUGUCCACUGCUUUUCUGAAGGAUCCCACCAUUUCCUCAGGGUAUUCCUGGCUGGGGGGCUGCAGGGGGAGUGGGGACUCCAGGUAGAUAUGGACAAGUUAAAGGUGGAAUUAACUCCUCCCUCCCCCUCAGCCAUGGCUGUGCACUGUGCAUCCAACAUGCUGCUGCCAGAAACCACUUUUAAUUUAAUACACAUCUAAUCAUGCCAUUUCCCAGCGCAAAAGUCCAAGGCCCUUCCUCUUCCCUUUCAGAGUAAACCAAACUAUUAAUGAGAUCACCCCACCUCAUUGUGCCUUUCUGGGGUUAUUCUCCUGGACAGACUCUGUCCUCCAGUCAUAGCUGCAUUUCACAUAAUCGUGUUUAUGUCUCCCUGCUAUCAUUCCCUCAGCUUCUUCAGCCAGGAAUGGCCUUGCCUCAAUUCUGCAAAUCUUGUUUGACUUAUGGCUCAGUUCAAGCUCCAACUCUUUCAUGAUGCUAUCUAUCCUUGCUCUUUCCUCCCCUCCACCUCAGGAGGACCUGGCCUGCCUCUCUCUUAGGUUCCCAAGGCCCCUUCCAGCUCUGACUAUAGCAGAGAUCACGCUAUCUUCUGUGAUUUUAUACAUACAUAUACAGAUAUAUAAACACAUACAAUACACAUAUGCAUAUUAAUACCUACACACACACGCAAUGUAUACAUCUUGGCUCUCCCUCUAGACUGUAAAUACUCAGAGGAUGAGGACUGGAUUGUGUUCCUCAGUGUAUCCUUUAUAGCUCUUACCAUCAGAACCCUGUUCUGCACAAAUCCUUCAUAACCAUGGAAAGAAUUGGGAAGUGGAACUUGGGGACUUAAGUGACACAUGAGAAAGCCACAGAUGGAGAUCAUGCUAGUGGAGUUUGGAUGGUCGCUUCCAUCAAUGGGGCCUGCAUAUCAUCUCACAUUAUUAUCCCAACAGACACCCGGGGCAGGUACUCUUAUCUUCUUCUUACUGAUGAGGGGACUGGACGCCACAGGGAUGGUGAUUGGCAGUUUCAAUCCUAGCUUCUCAGAGGCAAAGCCUUGCUCUCUCUCCUCCCCUUUUAGUACUUUGCUUCCUCUCAGGUGAGGCCUUGUUACUGCUCCCUCCUGGCCCUACCCCUCUCCAAGUCUAAUCAGCCUCCUUUGCUUUGGGGAGAAUAUUUUCCAAAUCAAGAACUGGAUUACAUUGUUCGACGAUGGUAUUUGUACUUCACAGAUAACAGGCCCCCGACAGCUGCUCUCGGGAGCCGCCUCCCGACACCCGAGCCCCGCCGGCGCCUCCCGCUCCCGGCUCUUGGCUCCCUCCGCCUCCCCCUCCCCGCGCCCCGUCGCCGCCACCGAGGAGGCCCCACUCGGGGUCCAACGCUGGGGUCUGCCGCGAAGAGCGAUGAGAGAGAUGCUGCCCCCACCCCCUUAGGCCCGAGGGAAUAGGAGCUAUGGGGCCAAGGGCCCUCUCAUCUCUACUGCUACUGCUGCUGCUCUUGGUGGCAACGGGAGAUGCUGACAUGAAGGGACAUUUUGACCCUGCCAAGUGCCGCUAUGCCUUGGGCAUGCAGGACCGGACCAUCCCAGAUGGUGACAUCUCUGCCUCCAGCUCCUGGUCAGACUCCACUGCGGCUCGCCACAGCAGGCUGGAAAGCAGUGACGGAGAUGGGGCAUGGUGCCCUGCAGGGCCAGUGUUUCCCAAGGAGGAGGAAUACCUGCAGGUGGACUUGCGGCGGCUGCACCUGGUGGCGCUGGUGGGCACCCAGGGGAGGCACGCGGGGGGCCUGGGCAAGGAAUUCUCCCCCAGCUACCGGCUGCGUUAUUCCCGAGACGGCCUCCGCUGGAUGGACUGGAGGGACCGCUGGGGCCAGGAGGUGAUCUUAGGUAAUGAGGAUCCUGGGGGAGUGGUGCUGAAGGACCUUGGACCCCCCAUGGUGGCCCGAAUGGUUCGCUUCUAUCCCCGGGCGGACCGAGUCAUGAGCGUCUGUCUGCGGGUGGAGCUCUAUGGCUGCCUCUGGAAGGAUGGACUCCUGUCUUACACGGCCCCUGUGGGGCAGACGAUGUACUUAUCUGAGGCCGUGCACCUCAACGACUCCACCUAUGAUGGACACACCACGCACACCGUUGGCGGGCUGCAGUAUGGAGGUCUAGGCCAGCUGGCAGAUGGUGUGGUGGGGCUAGAUGACUUUAGGAAGAGCCAGGAGCUGCGGGUCUGGCCAGGCUAUGACUAUGUGGGAUGGAGCAAUCACAGCUUCCCCAGCGGCUAUGUGGAGAUGGAGUUUGAGUUUGACCGACUGAGGGCCUUCCAGGCCAUGCAGGUCCACUGUAACAACAUGCACACCUUGGGAGCUCGCCUGCCUGGUGGGGUGGAGUGUCGCUUCAAGCGGGGCCCUGCCAUGGCCUGGGAGGGGGAGCCUGUGCGCCACGCCCUAGGGGGCAGCCUGGGGGACCCCAGAGCCCGGGCUGUGUCGGUGCCCCUGGGCGGCCGUGUGGGCCGCUUUCUUCAGUGCCGCUUCCUCUUUGCUGGGCCGUGGUUACUCUUCAGUGAAAUCUCCUUCAUCUCUGAUGUUGUGAAUGACUCCUCCCUGGCUCUGGGGGGCACCUACCCACCAGCCCCCUGGUGGCCACCUGGCCCACCUCCCACCAACUUCAGCAGCUUGGAGCUCGAGCCCAGGGGCCAGCAGCCCGUGGCCAAGGCUGAGGGAAGCCCAACUGCCAUCCUCAUCGGCUGCCUCGUGGCCAUCAUCCUGCUGCUGCUGCUCAUCAUCGCCCUCAUGCUGUGGCGGCUGCACUGGCGCAGGCUCCUCAGCAAGGCCGAGCGUCGGGUAUUGGAAGAGGAGCUGACGGUUCAUCUCUCUGUCCCUGGGGACACCAUCCUCAUCAACAACCGCCCAGGCUCUCGAGAGCCACCCCCUUACCAGGAGCCUCGGCCGCGUGGGAAUCCACCCCACUCUGCUCCCAGUGUCCCCAACAGCUCUGCCUACAGUGGGGACUAUAUGGAGCCUGAGAAGCCGGGUGCCCCACUUCUGCCCCCACCUCCCCAGAACAGCGUCCCCCAUUAUGCCGAGGCUGACAUUGUCACCCUGCAGGGUGUCACGGGGGGCAACACCUAUGCUGUGCCUGCACUGCCCCCAGGGGCAGCUGGGGAUGGUCCCCCCAGAGUGGAUUUCCCUCGGUCGAGGCUCCGUUUUAAGGAGAAGCUUGGCGAGGGCCAGUUUGGGGAGGUGCAUCUGUGUGAGGUAGAGAGCCCUCAAGAUCUGGUCAGUCUUGAUUUCCCUCUCAGUGUGCGCAAGGGACAGCCCUUGCUGGUAGCUGUCAAGAUUCUACGGCCAGAUGCCACCAAGAAUGCCAGGAAUGACUUCCUGAAAGAGGUGAAGAUCAUGUCGAGGCUAAAGGACCCAAACAUCAUCCGGCUCCUGGGCGUGUGUGUGCAGGAUGACCCUCUCUGCAUGAUUACGGAUUACAUGGAGAAUGGCGACCUCAACCAGUUCCUCAGUGCCCACCAGCUAGAGGACAAGGCGGCGGAGGGGGCCGGGGAUGGGGAGGCAGCCCAGGGGCCCACCAUCAGCUAUCCCAUGCUGCUGCAUGUGGCGGCCCAGAUCGCCUCGGGCAUGCGCUAUCUGGCCACACUUAACUUUGUGCAUCGGGACCUGGCCACAAGGAACUGCCUGGUCGGGGAAAAUUUCACCAUCAAAAUUGCCGACUUUGGCAUGAGCCGGAACCUCUAUGCUGGGGAUUAUUACCGCGUGCAGGGCCGGGCGGUGCUGCCCAUCCGGUGGAUGGCCUGGGAGUGUAUCCUCAUGGGGAAGUUCACGACCGCAAGUGACGUGUGGGCCUUUGGGGUGACCCUGUGGGAGGUGCUGAUGCUCUGCAGGGCCCAGCCCUUUGGGCAGCUCACGGAUGAGCAAGUGAUCGAGAACGCGGGGGAGUUCUUCCGGGAUCAGGGCCGGCAGGUGUACCUGUCCCGGCCCCCAGCCUGCCCCCUGGGCCUGUAUGAGCUGAUGCUUCGGUGCUGGAGCCGGGAGCCUGAGCAGCGACCACCCUUUUCCCAGCUGCAUCGGUUCCUGGCAGAAGAUGCGCUCAACACAGUGUGAAUCCAACACCCAGCUGUCCCUCCCGCAGGGAGGAUUCAGGGGAGGCCAGCGGCACUAGACAAGAGGACCUAACAGCACCUCCACUCCAUUCCCCUCCCGACCGCCCUUCACCUCUGGGAGAGGCAGUGUGGCUGCAGGUGGGCUGGGCCUGCCAGGGAGCCGACGCCCUCCCUUCCCCGGACAUGCUCUCAUGCCCACUUCCUGCUUCUUUCCUAGAAGUCCCUGCCGCCCACCCAGCUGGCCCUGUGGAUGGGAUCCUCUCUGACCUCCUCUAGCCAUCCCUUGGGGGAGGGGAGGGGAAAAUAUAGGGCAGACACUGGACCUGGCCCACAGGAGCACCUGGGCCCCACUGGACAACACUGGUUCCUGGAGAAAAGGCUGUGGCCACCCCCACCCCCCACCCAGCCUCUCUGUCUCCGUCACACACUGGACCCCACUGGCUGAGAAUUUGGGGAGUGAGGAGGACAAGAAUGGGAGAAAGGGGUUCCCUUGUGCCUCCUCCUGGAACUGCCCUCAGCUUUGGCCUCUCUCUACUUCAUCCUCUGAAAACACUGGACCUGGGGGUGAUCCCUGCCCCCCACCCCCCAGCCUCCCCACUUCCCACCUGCCGUGUUGUAGCUAGAACUUCUCUAAGCCUGUAUGUUUAUGUGGAAUAAGUAUCGGGAUUAGGGGGAAAGACAGAGCAACAGCCUGUGGCCCUGGGGUUGGAAAUCUCUAUCAUAGCUGCCACACUGGUUUUUCUAUAAUCACUUGGGGUUUGUACAUUUUUUUGGGGGGAGAGACACAGAUUUUUACACUAAUAUAUGGAUCUAGCUCAAUGCUAUUUUAAUCCCCUGCACUAGGCAGGUAAUAAUAAAGGUUGAGUUU